AUGGAAGAUAAAAGUUGCCAUUCAACUAGCCAUGCCGAUAUUGAUUCAAAUGGAAUAGUAAGAUCAGCUACUAGAAAUCUUCCGCCAGCGCAUUAUACAUUUCAAGUCAAGAAUUUUUCCAUAGUAAAGACUAUUGAUAAAUGUGAAUCAGCCCAGUUCGAAGUUGGCGGCUACCAAUGGAAAUUGGUACUCCACCCAAAUCAGAAUAGAAAUGGUAAAGACCAGAACGGUCAUAUCUCUUUGUACCUGUCUAUUGAAGAUACAGAUGAGCUUUCACAUGGCUGGGAGGUUAACACGUACAUAAAAUUCUUUGUGUUUGAUCAAAUCAGAGACAAGUACUUGUGUAUCCAAGUUUUUGGGGUUGAAGUUUUUGUUAUCAAAGGAACUUUCAUGGGAGAGUGUUUUUCAAUGAUAAAUGAACCUCAAAUCAAUUAUUUCACAUGGAGGAUUUGGAAGUAUUCAGCCCUGAAAGAUGAGGAAAAACACUACUCCGAUCAGUUCGUUGUUGGGGUGCAUAAAUGGAGGUUGGUGCUCGUCAAAGAGACAUGCCUAGAUGAAAGGUAUGGAUCACAAAUCACAAGCUUGUCUCUCUUCCUCAAAUUUGAUGGUUCAGAUACUCUAUUUUCUAAGAGAGGAGUGUAUGCAAAAUUCAAGCGCGCUGAGGAUAAGGGAUCAAGUAAACGGCCUCAAACACUGCGAACAAACAUGUAUGUCUGUUCUGUGGGUGUUGGUUCUCUGAUCGCGUUACGUCAGGCAUUCGAAAAUUUCUCUCGCUGGGACAUUUUUCGAGUUCCUUAUCAAAGACCUACCUGGUGGGUGAUUGUUUGA